AUGAGUAUUACUGAGAGUGAGGCCAAUUUUAGCUCCCGGGCUGCGAAACUCGGCUUGAAAGCUGAGGUGCUUCAGCUGCUUGUCGAUGGUGGCGUCAACACUCUUGCCAAAUUUGCGUAUGUGAGCAGCUUCAUUCCGGGUCAGAGUGAUGAGGGUCCUUUUGUGACUUCCAUAAAGGACUUGUUGAAGAGGGAUGCUACCGUGGGGGAGCUUUCGGUGCUGCGCCGAUUGCACUCUGAGGCCUUUGCUUUGGUCGCGGCCGAGCUUAAAUCUCAGGUUGAGCGCGCCACCGAUGCACCAGCGAGGAGCCUUGCCGCUCCUGACCGAGCAGAUCGUCUGGCUCGUCAAGUGGUGCGGUAUCCAGGCUUGACUAUCGCCGGGCCUAAUGAACCGAGUGACAGGUCAGUGGACAAGUGUUGUCAAAUGUAUGAAAACAAUCGCCUUACAUAUCUUCCGCUGAGUUGGUGCAUGAGCAAGGACGAUGAGACUCGGAAUUCCCGGGACAAGGAGGAUCGUACCCUCACAGUUGACAAUAGCGGUAAUGUUCACAUCAAGAACGCCGACAUUCGAGGUGAGGCCGACUUGAGCACUGACUUGUUACUAAAGUUCGCCCUCACUCGGCGAGGACUCGCGAUGGAACAGGCCGGAUUGUUAGGUUUCAAAGAACAUGAGAAAUGGGCUGACCGCCUGUUGCACUCCAGAUAUCGUGAGGUGCCUUCGGGAUACACCCGAGUCAGCAUACAGCAGCUGCUUCAAGCCGAUAAGCAAUUGUUUGUCACCGCUGCUAAUGAGUGUCGCAGUGGAGUGCAAGUCACGGAGACCGGUCGUCCAUUGGACGAGGCGUGGAUGCGUUGCGCCGAUUUGACCGAGGUGUCUCAUUUGCUCGCUCCCCUCGCGUCGCCUCCUCCCGCUAAGAUUCCCUUUGAAAGACCCACUCCGUAUGGCCGUGGCAAAGGUCGGGGCAAAGGUUCUGGUAAGGGUAAGCAACCGUCGCGCCGCGAGGUGACCAUGCCAGAGGACCUAAAGGACGGGCACGCAAACACCCCGAAAGGAGUGCCCAUUUGCUUUGAUGCUCAGAGGGGCAAAUGCACUAGGCAAUUGACAGGCAACAAGUGCUUCAGGGGUGCUCACGCUCCUGCUCCCAAGAUUGCACGCGUUUCACUUCAAACCAAUCUUCAGGCUGAUGAGGUCAAGGCCAUCGAUGAAAUUGAGUCGAUCAGUAGCGCAAGUCUUGAUCACGAAUUCAAGGGUUCGGUCGAGGAUCGAGCUCUGACCCUGCUGAACAAUGCUGGUGUUGUUUCCCCCACUGAUUUACUUGAGAUCUUCCAAUCACUCCCGACAGAGGCUUCCGUCCGAGGUGACCCAUCACAAGGGGUCUCCUUCUCGACAGGUGCCUAUUGCAGAGUCAAGGUUGGGCUGCGACGUAAUGUCUUGCUCUUCCCGAAUGUGACAAAGUUGGCCGCGCGUUUUGUGCGACAGCAGCUGCCCAGCUUAAAGUUCACGAGCUUAGCAUUCUUUCGCAACGUUCAAACCACACCUCAUGUGGAUGCGCAUAAUUCUUCUUUGCCCAAUGCUGUGUGUGCACUGUCUGACUUCGAUCAGGGACAGGUGUGGGUUGAGAGACCAGGCGGCCAAGCUUGGUGCGAUGUUGAUGGCGAACUACGCAGUGGAGUCGAACUCAGCUUGGAUGGGAGUCAUGCCGUCUUCACCGCUCGACGUUUGACUCACGCCACUAGGAGUUGGUCGGGUGAUAGAGUGGUUUUAGUUGCUUUUUCAGUCUCCGCCAUUGAUCAUCUUAGUGAGACUGAUAGUGCUACACUGACCGAUUUGGAAUUUCAGCUCCCGAUGCAAGCCGACAUUCUUGAUGCCGAACAGUCACCUCCGGUUUGCUAUGAAGCGCCGGUCGUUACCGGGGGGUGUGCUACUGAUGAGUUUCCAAAACCACUCGGCCUCGCACAACCAGUGACUUCCCCGCCUCUAGCUUCCUCCAGGUCGGGUUUAGCCCCCGUAGAAGAUUCCGUAGUAUCUACUGGUCAGGUUCAGACCAAGCCGGUUGACCAGCCUGGUAUUGUGCUCGAGCUGUUUGCCCGUGCAGGCUCUCUGUCCCGAGCCUUUCAUCAGAUUGGCUUUGAGGUCAUGCCCAUAGAUAGAGGAAGUCACCGGCUUCCGUUGGCCAAGUUGUGCUCACUGGAUCUUGCCUUGCCGAGCUCGUGGCAAUAUCUUUCGCAUGUGCUUGACAACUAUCAUGUUCGGUACGUGCACAUUGAUCUGCCGUAUGCCACCUAUGGACCUAAGCAGGGCCUCCGACGACUGUCCCAUGGAUCUGUAGUUCCUGUAGGAGGCGCCGACGCCUCUCAGGUUCAAAGGCUCGCAUUGGCCGACUCCUUGUUGGAACAUGUCAUCACCUUCUUAAAACGAGUUCAACAAAUGGGCAUCGCCUGGUCCAUUGAGCAUCCGCAGUCCAGCUUCCUGUGGCAUAUGCCUGCUGUGCGCCAGCUCACCAACACCACUACCGUGGUGUACGAUUUGUGUGCCUUCGAUUCUCCGCAUCGCUUGCGGAGGCAACUGCUAACGUCUUGUAGUGCACUCAAGUGUUUACAACAAGUGUGCCAUGGUAAUCACAGUCACACGCCUGUGACUGGCGGUGUUGAUACUCAUCCCAGGCUUUUCUGUCAGCAGGUUGCCCACGCCGUGGCUAAACACUGUGGCUUUGACCCCCUUUUGUCUCCGCUGCAGUCCAGCCCUCCGCCUGUCACACAGCAGCGUCGGGGCAAACUUGGUGCGAGCCUCAUCAGAGAAUUUGGUCGCGUUUGCAGAUGUCGUGUGCCACAGAUUCCGCCUGUGGAUCAUAAAAAUUGCUUGCAGCACGCCAUCGGUGACAUCCCCGCAGGCUCCAAACUUCUCGCCACUGAGGAGACGGGGGAGUCGGGUGGCUUCGAACUUAGUGUUGGUGUGUAUGCAACACCGGAUGAGUUUCUGGAGGAGGCCAAAGGAUUACGGCAUCCCUUCGAGACGUUUGCUGUCAUCCCCGACGAAGUGAAACGAAAGCUUCAUGAGGCCUUGGUGAAGGGCCCUGAGUGGGUUGGUAGGCAACGUGUGGCCACUCUCAACAAGUGGUUAGAAUGGGCCAGGGAAUUGGAGGAACCAGAGUCCCAACUUAAGGAGGGCCUCGAACCUGGUGUGAGGUCUGUGUUAGGAUCAAAGAGGCUUCUCUUGCUCAAACGCAUUGCUGAUGACUUGAAGUGGCCCGACGAUGGAUGGUUUGAGGAUACUUGUAAGGGUUUUGGUUUGGUUGGUUGGCAGAAGCCCACUGGUGUCUUUAGAAAGGAGCCUCGUCCCCAGGAGAGGACGGCUGACGAGUUUACUAAGGCCUGUAAGUACAUUCGUCCGGCGCUUUUGGGUAAGGUUUUGUCCGAGGGUUUGAAUGAGCAUUCCUCGGAACUGUGGGAUAAGACUUUGACUGAGGUUGCCGAAGGGUUCUUGGAGGGACCACUUACCGAAGAAGAGCUGACGAGAAGGUACGGCGACGCAUGGGCCCCUGUGCGCCGGUUCGCCGUGAUUCAAUCUUCUGGAGGCAAGCGCAAGUUGAGACCGAUUGACGACUACUCCGAGAACUUAGUUAAUGGUUCUUUUUCUUAUGGGGAUAAGCUUGAUCUAAGGGCACUUGACGAGAUCAUUGCAAUAUGUCGCUUUUGGAUCCGAGCUCACACGACGGAGCAUCAAUUCUUUCUGGACAUGGCCAGCGGACCACCGUUGGUUGGUCGAGUACACCCUGCUUGGGCGGGCUCGUCGUGGUGUCCUGAGCUGUGCACCUUUGAUUUGAAGAAUGCUUAUCGCCAAUUUGCGUUGAACCCGAGCCAUCGUGCCUUCUCCGUCGUUGCCCUUCUCAAUCCGGAUAAUGGCGACUUGGGAUUGUUUGAGGGUAAGGCUUUGCCUUUUGGAAGCACAUCGUCCGUGCUCCACUUCAACAGGUUGUCUAGGUUGCUGUGGCGGAUAGGUUUGGAAGUCUUCCUGUUCUGGGCCAACUUCGUUGACGAUUAUCCAGUGAUGAGCCCGUGCUGUCUUUCAGGUUCCACCAUGGACACCUUGCUUGUGUUGUCCUCAGUGCUUGGUUUUUCCGCAUCCCUUGACAAACUGAACCCAUUUGCAGACGUCGCCUCCAUGCUUGGGGUCGAGAUUGACUUGAAAGGAGCCAGGGAAGGUGUCAUUCGGAUUAGGAACAAGGAAGGCCGAUCCAGUGAGGUGUGUGAUGCCAUCCGUGAAUGCAUCAGUGAAGGUUGCAUCAAGAUGCGUACUUUUGCCAGGGUUGCAGGUCGUGUCCAGUUCUCCGAUGCGCAAGUCAUGGGGAGAACCGGAAAGCUCGCAUUGGCGGAGCUGAGAGCCGCUUCCACACGCCACGCCUCCCGGUUUGUUCUGGGUCCCCGCGAGAUCGAGGCUUUCGAGUUUCUCAUUGAUCGCCUCUCUUUCGGUUCCCCUAGGGUAGUCCCUUGUGUGGUUGCCCCUAAGCCUGUUUUGAUCUUCACGGACGGAGCAAGCGAACAGUCUGGCAACACCGUUGGAGGUAUUCUUUACUCUCCUUCUGAUGUGCGGCCCCGAUUCUUUUCUUGUGAAGUUCCUUGUGCCUUGGCAGACCGAUGGAGGCAGCAUCUGAAGCAUAUUAUCGGACCCGUUGAGGCGUACGCUGUCGCCCUGGCACGCAAGGCUUUCCACCAGUAUAUGUCUGGACAGUAUUGCCUUUUCUUCGUUGACAACGACGCUGUCCUUCUCAGCUUUGUGCGAGGAACGUCUAACAGUGAUCACUUUCGAGAGCUGCUUCUCACAUGGGAAUGCUGUGAGAAACAUGGUCCAUCGUGGACAUACUGGACAAGGGUCCCUUCCGCAUCCAAUCCUUCAGACGACCCGUCACGCGGUGAGUUCAGAGCACUUGUUGAUUCGGGUGCAUUACGAGUUAAGUGCUCAUGCCCCAUCUCGGGCAUCCCGCUGGUCGACUUGUAA